AGGAUUUAGGAGAAUGUGGGGUGGAGAGAUGAGGGUUUCACUAUCUUUCCUGGGAGUGGAGUGAGCUCUUUCUUUCUUUCUUUUUUUUUUAAAUCAACCUUAAAUCCCAGCUGUGAUCAUUUUCACUUUCAGUUCACUCCUGCAGCUGGACUGAGUCGGUCUAGUUAAAUCAGAAUAUCCCAUGGAAGCACAGAAGGGCUUAGGCAAGAAAAGGAGGUUACUAGCUGAGCACACUCACUUUCACUAAAGGUAGGGGUAGGCUUCAGGGUAAGGCUCUUCUCUUUGAAUGUCCAGAUGACUUGUUUACCAGGCUGGUUAUGCCAUAAUUACAGCUGUAUAGAUUCAGUUCCCUUCUAUUCCUCUGGGGAAGAAAAGAGAAAUAAUAUGGAGUCUGGUUACUAAAAUUGGGUCCUGUUUACAGAUAGGAAGGCAAAAAAAGGAGGGUGGGCAAAAGAGUACAAAAAUGGAGUCCAGGGACUUACUAGCUGUUUUCCCAAAGCUAAAGGAGAAAGGGUUAAGAAGGGCAUUGGCGAUAUUUUCCUAGUUAAACCCAGGUCACUGAGUGUUAGAGCCAGAGCAGUAGGGACCCAAGUGUCACCAGACUGGACGGAUGGGAUCUGGAAGCCUUAGAGCCUUGUAUGGACCUCAUUUGGCUAUGGCAACCUCAGUUACUUUAGUUCAUUUUCUUUGUUGUUGGAUAAAGCGUUAUGGAUGUUGGAAAGGACUAAACAGUCUUAAGGGAAACCCUUUGGAUAUUCAUGCAGAUAAGGCACCAGCUUGUUUUCUAGGUUAACUCAAGGGACACAAGUGAAGGUUGGUUGUUUUUUUUUUUUCCUCUUGGACAAUUAGAUCAUUGCCUCCCCGCCCCCCUUUGCAUUUUUCAUCGUUAGAAACCUAUAAUUUCGUGUAGCACUCAGCCUGUGCAUAGGAAAUGCGUAAGCCCAGGUUGAACGGGGAUGGUCCCUACAGAUUUUGAAAAAUUCAGAUCCACCGCACCGGAGUCAGGCACAUCCUUCAGAGCCUGGACUCCCACAACUCCAGACGUCUCAGCUUCCAGGAGCCUCGUCUGCCUUUGUCAGGUCUGUCGGGGGCGGCCAUUGGCAGAGAAACGUCACGUGACGGAGGGGGUUGCCAAUGUUCGGCUUCAAGGGUGUCAAGACCCUGUCAGUGUGUGAAAUAAAUACUGGGAUACAACGAAAUGCAAAAAGCGACCUACUACGACAGUGCGGCGAUCUAUGGCGGCUACCCCUACCAAGGAGCAAACGGUUUCACUUAUAAUGCGAAUCAUCAGCAAUAUCCUCCGCCUUCGGCGCUGGUGGAAAGCGAAUACCAUCGGCCGGCCUGCUCCCUGCAGUCCCCUGGCACCGCUGUGGCCCGCCACAAGGCCAAUGACAUCCACGAGAGUUGCCUGAGAACCAUCGGGGUCCAGGGUGGCCAGGCUCAGGGCCUUCCCGAAUCGCAGCAGCCCCCGCAGCAGCCCCAGCAGCAGCAGCAGGCUCCACCACCCCCGUCCCAACAGCCCCAGCAGCCGUCUCAGCCCCCUGUUCCUUCAACUCCAUCAUCCUCACAGCCCCCUCCCUCUGUCUCACCACCUCAAAAUGCCAGCAGCAACCCAGCCCCCACCAAGAGUCCCAUGCUCAAUUCUCCUACCAUGUCCAAACAAAUCUUUCCCUGGAUGAAAGAGUCUCGUCAAAACACAAAGCAGAAAAACAGCAGCUCCAGUUCAGGUGAGAGUUGCGCUGGCGAUAAAAGCCCCCCGGGGCAGGCGUCAUCCAAGAGGGCUCGAACAGCUUACACAAGUGCCCAGCUGGUGGAGCUGGAGAAGGAAUUUCACUUCAAUCGGUAUCUGUGUAGGCCCAGGAGGGUCGAGAUGGCCAACUUGCUCAACCUUACGGAGAGACAGAUCAAAAUCUGGUUUCAGAACCGCAGGAUGAAAUAUAAAAAGGAUCAGAAGGGCAAGGGCAUGAUGACGUCCUCUGGAGGGCAGUCCCCCAGCCGCAGCCCGGUUCCUCCUGGGGCUGGGGGGUACCUAAACUCUAUGCAUUCUCUGGUCAACAGUGUUCCCUACGAGCCCCAGUCGCCCCCGUCCUUUAGCAAGCCUCAUCAGAACACCUAUGGCCUCCCCAACUCCUACUCAGCUGCCCUUAACAGCUGCCCACCUCCUCAGAAGCGGUACUCGGGGACUGCCUCGGUCACUCCAGAUUAUGACCCUCACUCCCUCCAAGGCAACGGUAGUUAUGGGACCCCACACUUACAGGGAAGCCCCGUCUUCGUUGGGGGCAACUAUGUGGAUCCCAUGAGUAAUUCCGGGUCUUCCAUCUUUGGUCUGACUCAUCUCCCCCAUCCCGUCUCAGCCAACAUGGACUAUGGGGGGGCUGGGACCAUAGCCAACAACCAUCAUCACGGACCUUGUGAGCCCCACCCCACCUACACAGACCUUACAGCUCACCAUCCUUCUCAGGGAAGAAUUCAGGAGGCGCCCAAACUGACCCAUCUGUGAUGGACCUUGGGGUUGAGUGAACACAAAGUCAACCCACUUCUCUCUUUUUAGUUCUGUUGGGUUUUUUUUUUUUUUGCUUUCUUUUUUU